CGCACGCUCCCCCACCCCCGGUCACGUGACCGGGGCGCGGCGGGCGGAAGCGGAGGCGCCGGGAGCGGCAGCAGCGCCGGGGCCGGGCAGGGGCAGCAGAACCGGCCGCAGUCGGUCUCUCCCCCUCCUUCCCCGCUGCCGCCAUGGCCAACAUGGAGAAGCACCUGUUUAAUUUGAAGUUUGCUGCGAAGGAACUCAACAGGAACUCCAAAAAAUGUGACAAGGAAGAAAAGGCUGAGAAAGCUAAAAUUAAGAAGGCAAUUCAGAAGGGUAACAUGGAAGUUGCACGAAUACAUGCGGAAAAUGCAAUCCGCCAGAAGAAUCAAGCCAUCAAUUUCUUGCGGAUGAGUGCCAGGGUAGAUGCUGUAGCAGCAAGAGUUCAGACUGCAGUGACAAUGGGCAAGGUAACAAAGUCGAUGGCAGGGGUAGUUAAGUCGAUGGAUGCCACGCUGAAGAGCAUGAACUUGGAAAAGAUAUCUGCACUAAUGGAUAAAUUUGAGCAUCAGUUUGAAACCCUAGAUGUACAGACACAACAGAUGGAGGACACAAUGAGCAACACUACGACGCUAACAACGCCACAAAACCAAGUGGACAUGCUGCUACAGGAGAUGGCAGAUGAAGCAGGUCUUGAUCUGAACAUGGAACUACCUCAAGGACAGACAGGUUCUGUUGGUACAAGCGUUGCCUCAGCAGAACAGGAUGAGUUGUCACAGAGACUGGCCCGCCUACGCGAUCAAGUUUAAGUGAAACGAAGCUGCGGUUCUUUGUACAUGCUUUCAAGACACCCUUUCUGUGACUAACCCUUCACUGCACCUGAAAGGUGUAUGCAGUGUGGCUUAGGUGUAUGAGUAUUUGUAAUGUAGGGUACUUCACUCCUAGCGUGUUCCUCUUUCUAAUAUACAUUAACUAACCCCAAAGUAUCAACUCUCUAAUGUCCCUCUCCGUACAUUUUGAAGUUGAUACAUUUUUUGCGAGCUUUUUUCACAAAAUCAAGUUGAUAUUCUAAGUCAGCUGGUAAUGUUGGUGCAUUCUAGCUAAAAGCAGAGUUGUUAUCUAUAUUUUAAAUUAUCAAGUGAUUAUUUUUAAAUUAUAAGUACUGUUUAUGGUUGGAUAACUGAUGUAUUCAGUUCAGAUGAUUGUUGUAGAUAACUUUCUUACACAGCCAAACUCCGAACAUGCAAAGAUGGACAGCGUGGACUUGUAGGAAAACAUGGUUGUUAAAACAACUAAGUGGACUUCAAUCUGAGGUUUUUUUUAGUCUUUUAAAGGUAGGGUAAUCAUGCUGAAAUUAGUGACUUAGUUAAAAAAUGAGUUACCAAAACCUGUUUUCAUAUAACUGGGAACAUGUACAGUGUCAUCACUUUAGUACAGGAGGAAUAAAGUAUAUUUUCAACUCUUUGUCAGUUCUGUUGACUUGCAGCUUGCUCAUCGUUUAACGUUAAGUGCUGUACCUUUUUCCUUUUUGCUUUCUUCUCAGUAUCUCGGG